AUGCCUCGAUCCGAAGCACAUGAAGCACGCAACGCAGCAGUCAGAGAGGGGUUUCGAUCCGUCAAGGACGCACGCGCUGCGAGCGUACCGACAGCUGAUGCGAUUGUAUCGACUUGUGAAACCUUGAAAGUCGCCCAUAAAGUCGAGGACGUCCCUGAUAGCCAAGGUGCAAGGCUGCAUUGGAUUGGGGAUGCCAGUCCUCGUAACACGAUCUUAUAUUUCCAUGGCGGCGGACUCGGUCUGCCUGCGAUCCCCGGCCAUAUCAUCUUUCUCGUGCAGUCUCAGCAAAAGCUUGCUGCCGAUGGAAAGACAUUCUCCAUUGCGUUUCUCGAAUACGGGUUGACUCCGGAGAUCAAGUUUCCUAUCCAGCACAUGCAGGCGGUACAGUCUCUCAAAUAUCUAAUUCAGUCAGGUCGAAAGGCUUCAGAGAUCAUCAUUUCUGGAGACUCUGCCGGAGGAAAUCUGGCACUCGGAGUGCUAUCCGCCACCCGACAUAGUCGAGAAGGGAUCCCCAGUUUGAAUCUCGACACCAACCUUAGAGGCGCGGCUCUGAUCAGCCCAUGGGUUUGUUUGAACUCGAAGAGCGCAUCGGUACAGCAAAACCAGGACAAGGACAUCGUGACGGCAGCGAUCCAAGAUGGAUUGCGAGAAGAACUCAUCACACCGAGCGAAAUGGACGAGUUCGCUGAAGCGAUCCGAGCACCAACGGAGUGGUGGACCGGCAUCCCUGUCGACUCGAUCCUGUCUCUGGCUGGAAGUGAUGAGAUUUUCCGCGACGACAUCGUCACCACCGCCGGAGUAUUGCGCAAGGCUGGCUUGAGGGUGGAGUCCAUAGUGUGUCGUGAUCAGGUCCACAUCGAUUGUGUUCUAGAUGCUCAGUCAGGCUUGGAAGUCGGUGAUAUGUCCUACGCUUACUGGGGUUGGUUGAAAACGACAUUAUAG